CGAGCUUGUCGAUGUGGCCAAGCUCCUUGGUGAACGUGAGGCAGCCAAAGACCUGUAGGUGAGAGACCGUCGACUUAGGCCCAUGCCAAGCCUCGUACGAUGUUAUCCCGUUGAAUAUCUUGGUGUGCGAGCGGUUGAGAAUAUAGACCGCUGUCACCACCGCCUCUUCCCAAAUCAAGUGUAAACCGAAUGGAUCAUUACCCAUUCAUCACUAGUGGUAGCACAUACGGCGACCCAAAUCCUCGGUCCUCGGAUCUGGCUGGCUGCAGGCUGCUCGCCGUAGGUGGUAGUGGUAGCACCAUAGUAGUUAUCAGUGGUGUAGUUUGUAAUUGUAAAGGUUGCUGAACAAGGUCACAAAGGAUGGGAUUGAGACCACUCGAGGUUCCGAGCUCCCGCAAUCACCAGUGAGGACUGGGGAUUCGCUGAUCAGAUGCGGUGUGUGGGGCCUUGCUCAGCGGCGGGGCUGGGAGGUCCGAGCGGAAUAGAUGUCGAUGGCAUGGCGGUUGCUCCGCACAAUCCAUUUCCGGCAUCUGAGCCCAGGUGUCAGGCGAGCAUCCAAGAUUGUAGACCAAGGCUUUACCAAUAAUGCCCCAGAGCUGAGUACCAACAAAGGGAGUUUGCUGAGGUGUAGCAGCAUCCGCUUCGGGGAGAAGCGGAACUCAAUUUUUGCUUGCGCUCCAGACAAUUUGGAGCAGAAAUCUGGACAAACGUUCGAAGCUGAUGCCCAUUCUGCGCUAAAAUUGUGCUCUGGUAUCGGGAGUGUAGUUAUAGCCAAGUGUUCUCACAUAUUUGAGAGAAAUGGGGACACCUUUGAUGGGAACUGCAGUUUGCAAGAUAUCCUCAAGCCUGGUUUAUGGCUCUCACCGGAGACCCUCCGCCGGUUUUGGCGUGUCUCUGAGCUGAAGCCUAAGGAUUUUCUUGACAUUUUGAAUGGUUUUGGACUCAGUGCCGUAAAAGUGAGAAAUGCAAGAUUUCUAUGGAAUUUGUACAGGUGGACAUCGCGGCAGAGCAAAGAGUUCCAACAUCUGCCAAGGUCAAAUGAGACAAUGGUAUCCAUACUUGCAGAUGCUCAUAUGCUCAGUCAAGCAGAAUCACUACUGCUUUCAUUGAUUGAUCAUAUGACUCCAGCUGUUUCUAGUGAACUAUUCAGUCAGAUUAUCCAGGUGUAUUCAGAAGCAGGCAACCUUGGGAAAUCAGUUGCACUUUAUGAUUAUGCAAGGGGCAAGCAUUUGAUUCCUUCAGCUUCAUGCUAUCAAGUACUUCUUCAUUUUCUAACCAGAAACAGAAAGGAUGAAUUGAUUUUGAGAGUAUAUCUGGACAUGCUUGAAGUUGGAUUUGGUUCUUGCACCGAAGGAAAUAUUCUUGAUUCUGUUGUCAUGGCUUUAAUCAGGAAAGGUAAACUUUUGGAAGCUCUUGGUAUUCUUCGGCAAUUAAAGAGUUUGGGUCUUAAAUUAAGCAAGGGAGCCUUGUCAAAUAUAGUUGAAGAAUUUAACAAGAAAAAGGAUAUUGGGGAUCUGAUGAAUUUCUUGGAAGAUUGGAGGUGUAUACCUGAGUUGCGUCUUUGCAACAGAAUCCUUGCGUCUUUGUGCACAAAUCUUGGUACUUGUCAGGCAUGGUUGGUCUUCCAAAGUUUGGAGGCCUUAGGGUUUGCUCCAGAUGCUACGACUUUUGGAAUUUUCAUUUUUCACAGCUGUAGAGAAAUGAAACUAAAAUCUGCACUUGUAUAUUUAUCAGAGUGCUUUGCUAGGCAUGUUAAACCUGGAGUGUGUGCCUAUAAUGCUAUUUUAGGUGGUGUUUUCAGGGAGGGGCUAUAUAGACAUGCAAAGUAUAUAUUUGAAGACAUGAUUGAAAGAGAAGUAACACCCAAUCUUUCAACAUAUAAGAUAAUUCUUGCAGGGUAUUGCAGGUAUAGGCGGUUUGAUGAUAUUGAACAAGUCUUGAGGCACAUGAAAACCAAUGGUGUAAAUGUUCUUCUCUCUGGAAACUGUGUGCUCUCCAAGGCCUUAUCAUUCUUGGGGCUAGAUCACCUAGGGGUGAAAAUCAAGAGAGAUAAUGUCACUGGUUUCCCAAAAGCUGAGUUUUUUGAUUCAGUUGGCAAUGGAUUGUAUUUGGACACUGAUUCCAAAAUGUUUGAGGUUUCAUUGUCACAAGUUUUGGAUAGCGCACUUCUCCCAGAUAUUAACUCAGAGCUAAUCAGGGCAUCUCAGCAAGGCGAUGUUGCAAGUGCUCUUCUUGUGAAAGACAAAGCUUUUCAAUGGGGAUAUGACAUUUCACCAGAUAGCUGCUCUGAGCUAUUCAAGGCCUUAUGUGUGAGCCCUGCUUAUGUUAUAGAUGUCAUUGACCUUAUGGAGGAGAUGCCAGAUAUACUUUACAAACUUGAUGCUCAAAAUCUAGAUUUGGUUGCCCAAACAUUGAGUAGGAAUGGAAUGUCUGCUCAUGCAAAACUGGUUUUAGAAAAAAUGUUGAGAGAAGACUUGUCAAUCAGUCACAAUACAUAUACUUAUUUAAUGAUAGGUUUAUGCGAAGAAAGGAACAUAGCAGGGUUUUGGGAAUGUUGGAAUCUUGCAACAAAGUGCAGAUGGUCACCUGAUAGCAAGGAUAUGAUGGGCCUCAUCAGUUACUUGUGCAAAUGGGGAGUGAUUGAGGAAGCCCUGAAACUUAUGAACUCUUUAUUUGACUGCUACCAUGAUCUGUUUUUUAGUGCAUAUUGUGCACUUCUCAAAGAGUUGUGCAGGACAGGUCAUACCAGCAUUGGAUGCGCAAUGUUGGAGGCUCUCAAAGAAAAGGGUGUGGCUGUGGAUCGAUCAUUAUUCUUUUAUGUGAUGGAGGGCUUCCUAAAGGAGCAAAGAACUGCUGAAUCAAUUGGAAUGCAUGACAUGUGGCUUAGCAAAAGCAAAGAACUUGAUGUUUUUACUUACCGAUCUGUGUUGCCUUCAUUACCAUGGCUGGACACAGAUCGAGCCAAGAACUUGGUAGAAUCUAUGCUGACCGUGAAACUUACUGAAUUCUCAUAUCGCGGUUGCAUUGUGAAUGAAUUAAUGCAAACAAGGAAUAUAAAAUGGGCCAUUCCAGUCUUGCAAGAAUCAGCUCCUGGGAAGCUCAGUGCCACUUUGUUAAAUUCCUUACUUCAAGCCUAUGGUUGGCUAAAAAAUUGGAGAAAGUUAGAUGCAGUUCUUUGCAAGAUGCUAAAGAUGCAUGCCACCCUUUCUAUAUCUAGCUACCGCUUUCUUGUGUGCAGAAUGUGUGAGCAAAGUCGUUUUUCUAGCGCUUCAAGCCUUAGAGCACUUUUCCAACAUACUGACAAGUCAAGAGAACUGAUUGCAUGCAACAUUCUAAUAUUUUAUCUUUUUCAAAGAAGAAACAGCUCACAGAUUCAUGAUUUAUUGAAGGACAUUGAAGGUAAUGGUAUUUCUCUUGACAAAACCACAUAUGAUUUCCUUGUCUAUGGAUUUCACAAAUCUGGGGAUAUCAAUGAUUCAGUUAAUGCGCUUGAUGCCUGCAUUGCUCAGGGAAUAAAACCAAGCAACCGCAGUCUCAGAAUAGUGUUAAGUCAUUACUGCAGGCUAGGAAACCAUGAGAAAUCACUAGCAUUAUUUCACUUGAUUGAGCGCAAUGGAUGGAAGCAUGGUUUAAUCAUUAAGACCACCCUAGCUUCAUGUCUCCUUUCAUUUGGGAGACAAUUGGAAGCAAAAUCAUGUCUGAACAACCUGAGCAAAGGUGAGUUUAUCGGAUGUUCAAGCAAUUUUGAUGAUCUCAUCAAGGAAUUCUGCAUUCUAGGAGAUUUGAAAAUGACUCUUUAUCUGCUAAAUACAAUGUUAAAGAAAGGCACACUGCCUAAUGAAGCCAGUUACAGUUCUGUUAUAUAUAAACUUUGUACAUUGAAGGAGUUCGAUCAGGCACUUGAUUUUCUUGCUGAAAUGCAGCUGGCAAGUCUAAAAUCAAGUGAAAUCUCCUGUGAUGCACUUGUACAUGGCCUUUGUGCCAUGGGAAGACCUUCUGAUGCUAGAAAGGUUUUGGAAAUGCUAACCACCUUGGGAUCUGCACCAUCCUAUGGCAUGUUUAGAGUUGUUUUUGAUAACUAUUGCAGAAGUAGCAAUCUACAGAAAGCUGCGGCACUUCUGCAUGACAUGCAACAAGCAGGACAAGUGCCCAACUUUGAGAUGCAUUGGUCUGUUAUAAGCAAUUUAAGCAGUACCAAUGAGAAAACUGAAGGACAUGGAGAGUGCAUUUUGCCAAACCUUUUUCUUUCUGCAAAUUCCCCUUAAAGGUCAUAAGGCGAUAUAUGGCUUCCAGAAAAUGGUGAACUGAUGAUUGUUCUCAAGUUGAACCCUAGUGGAACUGAUAAAACUCGUGAAACCAAGGUUAUGCAACUCUGGAACUCAAACGUUCUACUCGAGGAUUGAUGGUUCACAUAAAUGUGGGAACACGUAGGAAAAACUAUGCAUCUUCGAUUUAGGUUGCAAAAGAGGGAGCUUGAACUCAUUACCUGAGCCAUCACAACUUUCUUCUCUGCAACUUGGUUACAGGUUAUGCCCUUGCUAAAGGGAUAAUGCAAAGAUCCCUACAACACCAAUUAGAAUUGGGGAAGACGAACCUCCUCCUCAGUCUCCUAGCUUGUUCGUUGCUCUCACCUGGGAUCUGCCCUGGGAUCACCUUUGCAACAUCAGUUGAACUAAAGAUUUGGACUGGACAUGGUUCAGUUGUUUUUGAACGGUGAUCUGUGAUAUGUAAACUUUGUGUUGUUUAAAACAUAUAUCAGUUGUUUUUGAACUGCGACCUGAGCUAUACAAUAAGCCUGACUUUUUUACAGAGUACGCAAAUGCCAGGUUUUUCCUGUUUGGGCACAAAUGGAAACAAAAAAGUUGGACUCAGCCUAUCGUGAAGCUACGAAGGAAGAGCACUGUCCCAUUAUUCUGUUUUUUCGGUAAUUAAAGCAUCAUCUCCAUUCUUGGUUGUUCCCAUUUUUCUGUUAUUUACUAAGUAGUUUUUCUGGCUAAUGUUAAAAACUGGAAGAAGACCAUGUUUCUAGCAUGAACAUGCCAACAUGGUGCCAUCAACAACUUCCCUGUUAGCUCACGGUACACCAUGCUCCAGUCUGCCCCCCUGGUUAUCACUAAUUCAAUCAUCUGUGGUGCCGAUUGUGUUCCCAAGAUGCACUGAAAUAGAGCAGAUCAAAUGAGGAUGAAGUUACUGUGUAGAGAUUUUUGUUCACCCUUUGUAGCAGCAUCCAUGGAUUUUUAUUUGCACAGAAUUACUCUCUUUUACCCGUAACUUGUGAUUGCUGAUAUGAUGCAUAGAAGUCUGAAAUCUGAAUUGAUGCCACUGUAUUUUUUCCAUGUUUACAUUAUGUUGAUUUUCUUUCUGCUAUUUACUUUCAAUGUUUUGGAGCAGUACCUGAGCAACUGAGGCAACCCUUUCGAUCUUAUGAGACCAAGAUGUUUUCUGGUCCCAAACCCAUGAUGGUAUGCCUUAGUUUGCUUGCAGACAAAUGCUUUUUUUUGACAACUUCACUCAUCCCUUGUUUUGAAUAGAUGACAUAAUUGGAGACUCUGGCCAUUUAUCUGUGUUGUUUCCAUUAAUGUGUCUUCUCAUAGGUACUCUGUUAUGGUCGCUAGAUCGGUGAGGGAUUGGAGAGGGAUAUUGAUGGGCAGGAACGUCGGUCGGGGGCCUCUGCCCACGGCCGAGCAAGAGGAGGGUUUCUCUCUUCUAAUUCUUACCUACUUUAUUUCUCAUCCAUUGAUUACAUAAAUAGACCAGCUGGCUGUCCUUAUCUAGCUAGAGAUCCUUAUCUCCUAAAAACUCUCCUAAAACUACUAACUGAUAACCUUCCUAGAUAAUCUCAACCAAUCUCCUAAAUAAUCUUAACUAAUCUUCUAAUAUUACUAGCUGAAUGCCCGUGCGUUGCAACGGGAAUAUAUAAUACCAGUAUACUACGAUAACUUAUAUACAAAAUAUGUGUUAUACCAUUAUGAGAAAAUGUUUCAUAAUCAAUUUGUGAUUCUGGCCAUACAUAAAUUUUGUUAUUUAUAAUCUAUCUGUUUCACCACUGCAUUACAACCAUCAGUAUCAUGCAGACUUCGAUAUAUGUCACGAUUUGUAUGGUCUCAUUAUUGGAGAGCAUGUUUCACACAUACCAGAAGAAAUUCCCUCGUACAUCGUUAGUCAUCGGACACGUACCACCAUACGCUUUUGCUUAAACAAAAAGGUAAGUGUGUGUUUGCAAGACUAAUGGUCAAACACCGUAUAACCAUAAAGUUAGAAUACUAUAUUAAUAUAUUAAAUAAAUUAAUCCAAUAGACAUAGAUUAACCCAAUUAACACAGGAUAAAUAAAUAUCUAAUUAUAAAAGUAUGAAACAUGGUAUAAUCAAUGUUGUUACUGCGUAGUAAAUAUUCAUACGAGACUAACACAACUGGAACGGUUCAAUUUAGAAUUAAAAUGGGGAAGUUACGAAUUUCCAAAGUUUCUAUGUAUUUGAUAUAGGAUUAAUUAGGAAAUCAAUUUUAUUGUUGUUUUCAUGACAAAACAGAGGUAUUAUGUGAUAAAAAAUAAUAUUAUAGAAUUAUAGAAAUUGGAAUGAAUUCAUUUAGAUUUAAUAUGAAAUUUCCAUGAAUUAAAUGGGCUUUUGCAAUUAUUUUUAAACUAAAAAUCAAUUUCCAAACUCUUUUCCCUAUUUUCUUUAUUUCCUGGACUGCGUCCCAAAUUCCAGAAACAUCAGGGGCCAAGCUAUAAAUGUUUUUCUAGACUCAGUGAGCAUACAGAGUGGACGGCGGGUUAAACACAAAUAAAGCCAACAUGGGUCAUGUUGGCUAGAGGGUGGAAGGCUAGACAUUCUACUCAAUAGAUCCAAGGUUUAAUCCUUGAGCAACCACGGUUUAAUUUUUUUUCCUGCGCGCGGAACGGGGGAGGGCAGAACGGCAGAACACGGGGAGGGCAGAACGACAGAACACGGGGAGGGCAGAACGGCAGACUACUCUUACCUUCUUAAUAAGUAGUAUGAAUCUCUAACUAUCCUUAUCUAAUCCUCUUGGAGGGCCCAUGGCUGCUGCUACCGCAGCCCCUCCGUGGGCCUCCUUAGGCCAUGACAUACUCAGAUCAGGAUGAAAUGUGUUCUCAUACCUUUGUGAUUAGAGAUAUUGUGUCCUUUAUUAAUCUGAUCUGUUUUUAGCUCCAUUAGCUUGUCCGCAAACUUUAGUUAGAGAAGGUGUUAUGUCUUUUGUCAAGAUUAUAACAUUUCUGAACAAUUGUGCUACACAGGACGUGGUACCAUCCUCAUCAUGUAGCCUAGGAUGAGUUAUCACUGUUAAAUAUUUCAAGUGGUUAAAUCAUGCAUCUGCAGAAUAUAUUAUUGUUGCACUCUCAAAUGGUGGGUUGCUAACUUGCUAUGUCAUGGGAGUUUGGGUGAAGGCCAGAAGGAUGUGAUAGACGUCGAUUCGAUGCAGGUCCAUGGGAUGCUCUGUACAGGGGUGGGAAUAUCCUAGCGUUCGCCUUGGUUUCGGUCUUCUCUGGCAGCAAGUGUGCUCCCAGUUUUCAAGCUGUCAAAGCUGUCCAACUCAGUUCCUUGGGGAAGGCCUCGAUUCGCUCAUCUCCUCGGACCCGGAGGACUACAACAAUAUGAAGCAGUAUGAGAAGCUGACCGUCGCGUCAAUUUACUUUCUUGUGAUGAGUGUUGAGCAUCAUCAUAUGAUUCAUACAAUUGAUAUGCAACUAGAACCCAGAUUUUAAUGUGUACGGUUAUGAUUUAUCUUUUCUCGUUAAAUAAUGUGAGAUAUUGAGGUGUAUGAUAAAUUAUAUGUUCAUCUCUAUGUAAUCAUUAUACACUAACAUUUUAAUAACGAGAGCAUAGAACGAUAAA